CACGAGAGACAAUGAAAGUUUUAGAGGAGAAAAUUAAAAAGAAGUAAAUACUGGGUAAGAGGGGAAACUUCUCCAAAUUGCCAUAGAUUCAAAGAAUGUGGGAGAAACAGGGAGAAGAGCAAUAAAAGAAGUAGAGGAUAAGAAUAUAAAGAAAAAUACCAAUCUUCAUGGAUACCCUCUUAGCCCCCAUCUAAGUAUAUGAUUUAAAUGAUGUGACGCAAUUGGGUCUUCUUUGUUUCUUCCAUUUUUGGGAGAGAAUGGGGGAGAGACAGUAUCUGUUUCUCCUUUAGAGAUAGCGGUGUGUUUUGGGCUUAGGUUGAGUUGUUGGAGAGAUGUCAAGAGGUGGUUGCAGCAUAGUUUGGUUUAGGAGAGAUCUGAGAGUUGAAGACAACCCUGCACUUGCUGCUGGUGUGAGGGCAGGAGCUGUGAUUGCAGUCUUCAUAUGGGCACCAGAGGAGGAGGGUGCUUUCUACCCUGGUAGGGUCUCAAGAUGGUGGCUGAAGCAGAGCUUGGCUCAUCUUGAUGCCUCCUUGAGGAGCCUAGGUACUUCUCUUGUCACCAAGAGGUCUACUGAUAGCGUUUCCUCUCUUAUUGAGGUUGUGAAAUCUACCGGUGCCACUCAUAUCUUCUUCAACCACUUGUAUGAUCCCAUUUCACUUGUAAGGGACCACAGGACAAAGGAGCUCCUCACUGCUCAAGGCAUAGUUGUACGUUCCUUUAAUGCAGAUCUACUCUAUGAACCAUGGGAAAUUAAUGACGCACAAGGUCACCCAUUCACAACCUUCUCAGCCUUCUGGAACAGGUGCCUUAGCAUGCCUUAUGAUCCAGCGGCUCCACUGCUUCCACCAAAGAGGAUAACUUCAGGUGAUGUAUCAAGGUGUCGUUCUGAAGAAUUGGUAUUUGAAGAUGAAUCUGAGAAGGGAAGCAAUGCACUUCUUGCAAGAGCAUGGUCACCAGGCUGGAGUAGUGCAGACAAGGCUCUAACAGCCUUCAUCAAUGGACCCUUGAUUGAGUACUCUGUGAAUCGUAAAAAAGCUGAUAGUGCAACAACCUCAUUGUUAUCUCCCCAAUUGCAUUUUGGGGAGUUAAGUGUUCGCAAAGUCUUCCAUUUAGUCCGCAUGAAGCAGGUUCUAUGGGCCAAUGAGGGAAACAUAGCAGGUGAAGAGAGUGUGAACUUAUUCCUCAAGUCUAUUGGUCUUAGAGAGUAUUCCAGAUAUAUGAGUUUUAACCACCCUUAUAGCCAUGAAAAGCCUCUCCUUGCACACCUAAAGUUCUUUUCGUGGAUAGUUGAUGAGGGUUAUUUUAAGGCAUGGCGGCAAGGUCGAACUGGUUAUCCAUUAGUUGAUGCUGGGAUGAGAGAGCUCUGGGCUACUGGUUGGCUACAUGACAGGAUAAGAGUUGUGGUUUCCAGUUUCUUUGUGAAGGUUCUGCAACUGCCAUGGAGAUGGGGGAUGAAGUAUUUCUGGGAUACCCUAUUGGAUGCAGAUUUGGAAAGCGAUGUUCUGGGUUGGCAAUAUAUUUCUGGGACCCUUCCUGAUGGUCGUGAGUUUGACCGCAUAGAUAAUCCCCAGAUUGAAGGUUACAAAUUCGACCCAAAUGGAGAAUAUGUAAGAAGGUGGCUUCCUGAACUUGCUAGGCUACCAACUGAAUGGAUUCACCAUCCAUGGGAUGCACCAGAACCUGUACUUCAAGCUGCUGGUGUUGAACUGGGAUCAAAUUACCCUCUCCCCAUAGUGGGAAUAGAUGCAGCAAAAGCCAGGUUGCAGGAAGCUCUUUCACAGAUGUGGCAACAAGAAGCAGCUUCAAGAGCUGCAAUUGAGAAUGGAACAGAGGAAGGGCUGGGAGACUCUACUGAAUCAGCCUCAUUUGCCUUUCCCCAAGACGUACAAAUGGAGGUAGAGCAUGAACAACCAGUCAGGAAUAACCCAGCUCAUCGAUAUGAGGAUCAAAUGGUUCCUAGUUUUACUUCUUCACUACGAAGGGUUGAUGAAGAAGAAGCUUCUGGUGAUCUCAGACGCUCAAAUGAAGAUAGCAGAGCAGAAGUACCAAGAAGCAUAAAUCUGGGUCCAGAACUUCAGAGAGAAGCAGAAGCACCAAACCAAGGGGGUUUGCCAACAAUUAGAAACAAUAAUAUUCUACCACGGUUGCUAAAUGCAGAAGACUCUACAGCAGAAUCCUCUAGUAGUGGUAGAAGAGAGAGAGAUUGUGGUAUUGUUCCAGUUUGGUCUCCCUCAGCUUCUACCUACUCAGACCAGUUUGUGGGUGAACAAAAUGGCUAUUUGCAGAGACAUCCACAGUCACACCAACUGAUGAAUUGGACGUAGCUUUCAAAACCUGGGACAGGACAAGAAUCUGGGAGAAUAUACAUUUCCGUGCCAUUUCAUGUGGUUGGCUAACUGUGAUGAUGGAGCAGCCCCUAUGUAUAUUGUUCUCCAUCUCUUUUCACUAAAUGAUCUGAUCUACAGCCUCACUUCAAAGCUUUUGAAAUGCAGAAUCAGUCCUCCCCCCCCCCCCCCCCGGCCCAACUCUCUCUUGUUCUUAAUUUCCUUUUCAUACCAUAUGUAGAUAGUAAUUACCAUCUUCUUCAUAAGGUGAGUAAAGUGUUAUGAAAUAGAUGAAUUCUAUAAUAAACCCAGGUGGGUGUUUUUUCCCCUUUUACUAAGGUCAUAAUUUGAUCCA